CUUCUUUCUUAGUUCUUUUUUUUUCUUAUUUCUUUAUUUGUUUCUUCUGAGUUUUGUUGUUUGCCAAAAUGUUCAAAGGGCUCAAGAACAAGGUUGCUCAGCAACAGCAACAGCAACAGCAGCAACAGCAGCAGCAACAGCCAGCCACCAGCACCCCUACGGAUCCACUGACGAACGCUGCUCAUCCCACCACCACUCAUACUCCGAGCAAUGGUGGUGAUGGCCUCGAUGGGUCGCAAUCGGACGACUCGGCGCCGAAUCGCAGAUCUUCCAUUCCCGCCACCAACGCAGCCGAUCCACUCAAUGCGACUACCACCACAACUUCUUCAUCGACGGAUGUUGCGACGGACGUGCUUGUCGACCUGUCAACGCCGCCCGCAACGCCAGCCAAAGCGAAGCACCAGCAGCAUCAGCACCAGCAGCAGCAAUCGGGCGACGUGGCUGUGAUUGCGCCGCCAGCGACCCCGCACACGGCCCAGCGAAGCCCAGCGACAACAACAACAACAACACCAGCAGCAGCAGCAGCAGCAGCAGCAGACUCCAGCGUUGGGACGGCGGAGGGCGAGGACGGCAAGCAGACCACCGCCGCCCUCGCUGCUUCGGCCAACCCGGAGAGCAUGUCGCGCGCAGAGCUCGUGCAGGCGUACCAGCUCAAGGCAGAGAAGCUCAAGGCGUACGAAGGCAAGCUCAAGACGCUGUGGGCGACAUGCAAGGAGCUCAAGGCCGAGAAGGAAGCGCUCACCGCCAAGGUCACCGAGCGCUCCUCGGCCGACGAAGCCAGCAAGAUUGCACUGGAAAAGCUCGAAAAGCAACUCGAAGCGCAGCAGGACGCUGCAGCACGCAGGGUGCGCGAGCUCAACGAGGAGAAGCGCCUCGACGCGCUGGCAAAGCAGUCCCUUGCGACAAACUUCCAGAGCGAACUCGCUGCCCGUGAGGCCGAGCUCAACUCUGCAUUGGAGGCCGCCGCUUCAGCGACAAUCGCAGCGUCUGCUCGUGAAGCAGAGCUCGCUCAGAAGGCGGCGCAAGUCGCUCGUCUCGACCAGCAGCUGGCCGACGCGACCAAGGUGCAGCAGGAGAUUGGCGCCAAGCUCGAGUCCCGUGAAUUGGAUCUCGCGCAGUUGAAGAGCACAGAGCAAGCGCGCGAGCAGCAGGCGGUCUUGCUGCAGCAGCAACUUGCAGCCAAGGAGCAGCAAGUAGCGUCGCUCACGGGCAUCCGAGAGACCAACGAGGGCGAACUCGCCCAUCUCCAUGCUCAGCUCGAGCAGAUUCGUGAGCAAAACGCAGCAGCAACCGCAAAGCAGGGCGCGCGGAUCCAAGAAUUGGAAGCGAUUGCAGCUAGCGCGAGCCAGACUGCUUCUCCGCAAGUCUCGGAAGAGCAGAUCACGGCAGCGCUUCAAGCAACCCACCAGACGCAAAUUGAGCAGCUCGAGCGAGACUGGCGAGCAAAGCACCAAGAGCUGCAAGCGAUGCUGGACAAGUCAACCGAGGACUACGCAACUUUGACCCGUCAACUGGACGAGGAGCGCAAGGCGGCCGCGCAAGACAAGCACGAUGGUGAGAGUGCUCUGACGACCAUCGCUCAGCUUCGCGCAGAUUUGGAACAGCAGGCCUCGCUUGCCCAGACCCAGCUGGCGGAGGUGCGCCAAGCAACGGAACAAACAAUGGCUGAGCAGCAUUCAGCUUCUCUGACGCAACUGCGCGCUGAGCUUGCGCAGGAGUUGGCUACUUCUCAGGCCAAGCUUCACGAGCAUCUGGAAUCAUCAAAGGCCUCGGCAGACCAAGCAGAGACCCGCGCGUCACAACUGCAGGCCUCGCUGGAAGAAGCACAACAGGGCAAACAGCAAGCCUUGGACUCGUUGGCGAGCGUGCAAAGCCAACUUGCCCAGGAGACGCAAGCUGCCCAACAAGCGCAAGCCAAGCUUGUCGAGCUGACGAACGCACACAACUCUCUGCUUGCCGAUAUCGCUCAAUCCUCCGAUGCGAAUGGAGCUGCGACCGCGCAAUUGCAGCAGCAGCUAGCCGAGGCCCGAACUCAGCUCGAGUCGCUCGCACAGGAGUGCGCAGCAGCCAAGGCCGCAGCCUCAGAUACUCAACGUGAACUGGAACUGGCAGGCAACGCUCGCGCUGCCUCCGCCGACGAGCUGGCAUCGGCUUUGUUGGCACGGGAUCAGCUGGAAGCCAAAGCGGGCGGUUUGGCCACCGACCUGGCCACCCUCCAACAGCAGCUUGCAUCCGAAGUCACAGAGCGUGAACGUUUGGCAUCGGGCGCUGCAUCCGAUAGCGACAAUCUGCGGUCUGAACUGUCGGAGAAGUCGGCGACGUUGGCUCAGCUAUCAGCUCAGCUUGAGCAAGCAACAACAGAGUGCAAUGCGCUGCGAGAUGCCGAGAGCGCCGAGCGCGAUGCAAAGCUGGCCGCUCAAGCCGACGUUCAGCGCGUUUCGCAACAACUGGACGAAACCCGGCAGCAACUCGAUGUCCACCGCGCCGAGCACGACGCUCUCACCACACAACACCAAGCGUCGACGGCCGAUCACGCUACCGAAAGGCAAACCCUCUCGCAAACAAUCGCAUCGCUGCAGCAGCAACUCGACACAGCGUCUGCCAACGCGGCUACCCAUGAGACUGCGCUGACCCAGCUGCGCGAAGAAGAUGCCGAACGAAAGACCAAGUUUGCCAAUUUGAAACGGAAUGCCGAGGAGUUGAAGCGACGGUAUGACGCCCAAAAGGCGCAAAUCGAUCAACUGCAGGCGCAAGUCUCCGACGGCGAGGCAGCACGGCAGAAAGACGCCGACGACUCGCGCACUCGUCUCCAAGAAGCCGAGCAGCGUUUGGUCGGAGCGUCUGCCGAUGCCGAGGCCCUACGCGCUGACCUGCUGGCAUCGCAAGAGCGUGCGGAUGCGCUCGUUCGUCAAAUUGAGCAGUCCGGUGACGCGGUUGCGCAAGCCGCGGCCAGCGAGCGAGAGCAGAUGGAGCAAAAGGUCGGCGAACUUCGCCAGCAAGUGGCCGAAGUGACACGUCAGUUGAACGAGAGCGUCACCCGCGAGCGCCAACUGUCUGAAACGACUGCCGCUGCUGCCACCCGUGCAUCUGAGCAACACGAUGCGACAGUCCAGCGCCUGAAUGCCGACAUUGAAGGGCUUCAGCGCGAGCACGCGGCUGCAGUCAGCCAUCACGCUGAAGAACUGCAACAGCUUGCAGACCUCCACCGACAGGCCCUCGAGAACGCUCAAGUUGGUCGCGAGAAGGACGUGGUGGAACAAGUCCAGGCCCUCCGAGUAGAGCUUGCGCAGCAGCAUGCCACAGAGCUCGAAUCCGUGCUCGCCAGCCACACCGCGCUGGUCGCCGAGCUGAAGGCAAACUCGCAAUCCAACACAGCCACCCACGAGCAAGCUUUGGACGAAAUGCGUGCAGCACACAUUCAAGAAUUGAGCGCGCUGGCCGCCGAGCGCGCAGCCGAGCAGGCAUCCGCUGAAGCGUCGUUGGCCACUCUGCAGCAAGGUGCCGUGGCGUCAAGCCAGAAAAUUCAAGAACUCGAGCAGCAGCAGGCCGCAGACGCGACCCAAGUGGCUCAAUUGACCGCAGAGCUGCAGCGCGCACGCGAAGAACUGUUGCAGAGCCAGUCGCAGAUCGCCCAGGAGGCUGGUGGCGUGUCCCAGCUUCGAGUAGAUAACGAGAGUCUGGCGCUGCGAUUGGCUGAAGCAGAGCAAGGUGCUGCUCAGUUGAAGUCAGAGACGCUUGAUUUGCACGACUCGCUGCGGACUGCGAACGAACAGCUCCUUGAGGCAAGGGCGUUGGUGGAAACGAUGACGACAGAGCGCAACGAGCUCAACGAGCGACACCAGCACGCUAUCGCCGACCAGCAGACCGCCAUGACUGCCGAGCGAGACGAGGCCGUCAACCGCCUGCUUGCCGAGGUGCAGGGCGCGAAAGCAGAGCAGGAAGCAGCGACUACCCGCCUGCAAGAGUGUCAAGCACAGUUGGCUACUGCUGCUGCAGAGUCGGCAGCGCUCUCGCAGCAGGUUCUUGAACUCCAGGCCCAGGCGGAAACCUCGUCUGCGGAUUUGGCCCGCGCCUCCAGCGAGCAAUCGUCUGUGGUGCAACAGCUGACAGCAGAACGCGACGCUACCCUUCUCGAGCUCACUGCUGGUCGCACGCAGUUGGAUGCAGCCCGACAAGAACUGGAAUCGCUGCGCUCUGAGCGCGACAAACUUGCCUCGGAGCUCAAGGACAGCAAUGACGCGCUCCAGGAUGCAACCCGGCUGGCGUCCUCCAGCGCGAGCGAGAAGGAAAGUGAGCUCGCAGUCGUCACGGACAAGUUCAAGCGUGCCAUCGCCAAGCUCAAGGCUAACAAGGAAGAGAUGGAAACUAGCGCCAAGGAACUUGAGAGCCGCACCGCAGACCUCGCGUCUGCCCGUCUUUUGCUCGGCGAAGCGCAAGCUGACGUCCGCACCCAGCAAGAGCUCGCUCAAGCCAAGCACGCCGAGCUGGAGGACUUGAAGGCCACCUCGCUUUCGACCAUUGAGCGAUUGCAAGAGAGCCUUGCUGCCGCCACAGCAUCGAUGGACGAGCGCAGCACUGCAGCUGCGACCGAGCUCUCGGACAAGACCACUCGCCUCAACGCCACCCUCGCUCAAAUUGAGCGUCUCCACGCUGAACGCUCGGCAUCGUCGGAUCAAAUUGCCCAGCUCCAAGCGCAAUCUGCCGCCGAUCAGCAGUUGAGCCGAUCGGCCAACCAAGAGCUCGAGAAGCGCAACGCCGAGUUGACCGAAGCGCACGAACAACUCGCAACAAGUGCCGCCAAGGUGGCCGAGCUCAGCGAGCAACUGCAGGUGGCCAAGCGAACGCUGUCCACACUGGAGGAUCGCGCCCGAGGCACGGAACAGUCGGCGACCGCCGUGGAGGCGCGUGCAGAGGAGCUCGAGACGCUCCUGUCCAUGAAAGACAGCGAGUUGCGCGAUUUGGAGGGUCGUAGUGUGGAGCGUGAGCUUCGCGCCAAUGCUCUGCAAGAGGCACUCGCUGCUGCGACGGCUCGUCAGCGAGAACUCGAGACGGCGCGUGAAGCACUCGAGGAGUCCACUGCCGUUCAGUCGGGCACCCUCGCUGCCAAGGAAGCGCUCGUCCUGACACUGAACGAUCGCAUCAACGAAAACGAGGCUGCUCUCGAGGCCAAAGCCGCCGAGAUUGUCACGCUGUCGUCCAAGUUGAGCAUGCUGGAAGACAACGUCGUUGCCCUGCGUCGCGAGCGCGAGUUGGAAGUCGAGCGUCUCAAGCGCGAAGGCGACGAACAAAAGAAUGCCGACGAUGCGCGCCAAACUGCCCAAGUGACGGAGCUUCGCGAAACCAUUGCCGCCUUGACAACCAGCAAGACGGAGCUCGAGGACAAGCUGCAAGACCAAACGGUUGACGCUCAGAGGCAAGCCAAGCUUCAAGCUCAGCACAUUGCCGAUCUCAAGCGAAUGCUCCAGAAGGGUUUGGGGAAAUCCGGCUCCGUGCCUCCACCUUCCGGCCAAGCAGCUCAGUCUGACGACUCGCCAGUGCUGUCGAAUGGCAGCUCUCCAGGUGUGUCGGUUGUCAACCUCACAGGAUUGGCGACGAACGAGCCUUCAAGCCCCCAGCCUGCAGCGGCAGCACCCAGCUUGCCAAGCAUGCCAUCCAUCCCUGGCUUCCAGCUCAGCCAAGAGGAGCUCGAGUACCUCAAAUACGUUGUCAUCAAGGCUCUGUCGACAUCCUCGCCGAACGAGUCCACCUACCUCGUCAACGCGCUUGCAACGAUUCUCAAGUUCACCCCGAAGCAGUUGGACACUGUCAAUGAGUCGUUAAAGUCCAAGCAAUCCUGGUUUGGAGGAUGGAUCAAGGUCAAUCAGAACACGCUUGGAAAUUAAUCAUUUUAUUCAUUUUAUGUUUGAAAAUAUACAUGUUGGAAACUAGAA